GUUUUUAGUGAAAAAAGACAAAUUUUUCUAUCUCUGAUCAGAAAUUGUCUCUCUGCACUUCAUCCUGUCUCUUUCUCCCUCAUCAACCUGCAGAACAGCCUUCUAGCUCUAGCUCCUUGAGAUUUAUGAUAGAUAGAUACCUCAUCUAUCUUGGGGAUGAAAUUCUGGGCCUUGAGUUGGAUGGCUGGGAUUUGAGUAAUGACUUUCCCCGUCUCGAAUCUCACCGAUUCGCAGAGCGAUUGUGGCGUGUAGAUAGAUGGCAGCAAGUGGAAGAAGAGGAGCUUCAUUUGCCAAAGCAAAGAGGAUGCAGGGUUUCAUUCCCAUUCUCACAUCUGCAGCUUGUGAGUGGUUUUUGAUAUUCCUGCUGCUAGUGGAUUCUGUGCUAUCAUAUCUGCUGACAAAGUUUGCAAGUUAUUGCCAAUUGCCAUUGCCUUGUUUGUUAUGUUCUAGGCUUGAAAAGCCAGAGUUCUAUGAGAACCUGUUUUGCAGCCAUCACAAAUCAGAAAUAUCAUCUCUGAUAUUGUGUCAUGUUCAUGGCAAGCUCGCGGAUGGUCAUAGGAUGUGUGAUGAUUGUCUUCUGUCAGUCACCGCAAACGUUAAACGCAACACCAAGACUCACAGGUUGUUGGUGGGCAAAUUGGGGAUGAACCUUGGUGGUUCUGGUUCACUGAGCAGAGAUUUGUUUACUGGCCCUAAGGUAUCAAGGCCAUGUACUUGUUGUGGCAGGCUCUGGAAGUCAGAACAGAAAUCACCGGGGAGAGCUGUUCUUAAGCCAUACAUUCCGUUGCCACAUGUACCGAGGCAAAGCCGUUUGAAUCACCGGGGCAACAUAAAGAAAACAAGGGAUAAGUUUUGUGGAUCAGAAGGAAAAAACAUUUUUAAUCCAUUAUCUAAUGUUGGGUACAGUGUGCUGAGACUUACUUCUGAUUCCGAGUCUGAGUUUCCAUUUUCUGAUGAGGAUGAUGUUGGAAGUGUAUUUCAUGAAGACAUGGAAGUUUCCAAUGGCCCAAGAGCUAAAUUGACAUCAAUAACUCCCCCAAAUUGUGUUCCGAGCGAUAUGAAUCCAGCAAAGGAAAACGGUGGUUCUCCCAAACACAAGCCUUUGGUUAAUGUCAGCAAUCACCAAAAUGUGAAUGACAACAUUGUGUUAGAAAUGAAAUUGCAGCAAGAGAAUCAAAAGUCAAUGAUUUAUGACCUGCCUGAGCUCAUUUCACUAGAUGAGGUUUCACCAUCACCUAUUGUUGUGAAUGUUUCUACUAGAGAAUCAGAAGCAGAAGAGAGCAAGAACACUUCUCUUUCUCAGAAUUCUCUUCCUGCUUUCCUGUCCGAGCUUAUGAGUUUCGAUGGCACUCUUGCACAUGCCCAAGCAUCGUCAGAAAAAUCUGUAGGUCUUCCACAAGCACAUGAUACAGAAAUCGUAUCUGAAAAGUAUGGGCAAGUCUCAGAGAAGAUUGGUAGCAAUGAAUCAUCUAAUGCAACUGAAUCAGUGGUAUGUGAUUCUGCUCCUACAAGUCCUAGACAAGAGAACUCAAUUACCAUGGGUAAAUAUCCUGUCAUGACUAAGGAAAGAGAAGUAACUGAUUUUGUCAUAGAACAAUCAACGACCGAGGAAAUAGAUAAAGUCAAGGAAGAUGUGGAGCUAUCACCAUCACACAGUUCUUCUCUUGAUGGGUCUAAUCAUGUUCACUCUCCAGAGAUGCAAGGUGAGACUUCUAGUCCAAAUCGGACUCAGGAACUUCAAAAGUCACCAUCAGUAGAAUCUGGUCUUGAAUCUCUGGAUGGAGGCAAUGUCGAUGAAAUUGAAGGGGAGUCUGUUGUUGAUCGAUUAAAACGACAGGUUGAGUAUGACAAGAAAUGCAUGGAUGCUUUACACAAGGAACUGGAGGAAGAAAGAAAUGCUGCUUCUAUUGCUGCAAAUGAAGCAAUGUCUAUGAUUACAAGGUUACAGGAGGAGAAAGCAGCGCUGCAAAUGGAGGCUCUUCAAUACUUAAGAAUGAUGGAAGAGCAAGCAGAAUAUGAUAAUGAUGAAUUGGAUAAAGUUAAUGAUCUACUAACAGAAAAGGAAAAGGAGAUACAAGAUUUGGAAGCUGAGUUGGAAUUUUAUCGGUCAAACUUCAUGGAUGAGCCUGUGGACCACAAUAUACAUGAGGAAAGUGGAGAUCCAAAAGAAGAAAAUAUUACAACACAAAAUAUCAGUGUGCAUAACAUCACAGAUAGUACUGUAUACAAAUUUCCCCAUCCACAGUUUGCUGAAGCUUCUGAAGUCAGUCAUGAAGCUGCGAGUAGAACAUCUUUUUUAGAAUUUGAAGAGGAAAAGCUGUACAUUUCACAAUGUUUGAAAAGCGUGGCAAAGAAGCUUCAUCAAUUUUCUUGUAAUGAAAUCAGUGAAUUGAAUCAACAAGGAGCUACUAACGGUGAAGGGCCGUGUUUAGAUGGUCAUGAAGAGAUUGAUUCGUCCAUACAGAAAAGUAUUAUGUCGAAUGUAAAUCAUAAAGACAAGGAUGCUUCAGUAGCUUCAGAUAGUGAUGAUUGUUCUAUUAGUAUAGAAAACAAUCAUUCUAUAUCUGUUGGACCAAAAACUCCCACGCCUAGAAGAGAAGCUGAGCUGGUUGCUCUAGAAAAUGAAAUAUCAGACCUUAAUGAGAGGUUGGACGCACUCGAAUUCGAUCAUGAUCUUCUUGAACACAUAAUAAAUUCUCUUCAAAAUGGAAGUGAUGGAAAAGAGUUUAUUCAAGACAUAGCUCAUCAAUUGCGUGAGCUACGGAAAGUUGGAAUAAAAUCAAGAUGAUGCUUGCAAGAUCAGAAUGCGAACUCAAGAAAACAGGAAGAAAAAAAAAAUGAAACUUGUAGUCUUCUGAUGACAAUGGGCAAAAUAUUACAGAAUCACAGAAUCAUGUUUUAUUUUUUUGAUAUGCAUGUAUAUUGUGGAAAGCCAUGAUAUCUUAUGUGAACAAGUACAUAGAGUAGUAAUAGCAAUAGUUAACUCUGGUUUUGGUCUCUUGAUCCUUA